AGUCAGUUAUCCCGUGCACGUUGCCGCGUGCGGUAGGCUGCGAGAGCCGACGACGACGAGACGACGCCGACGCCUCGCUGGGGGAUUCCUUUCGUCGUGUGUGUUGCUUGCUGCCGGCGUUCGCUCGCGGGGCGGUGAAUAUACGUGUUGUUCGUUUGUGCACCUCGCUGGAACUCGGCCAGCCCGUUCGUACGUACACCCGUGAUGUGUUUGACGGACGCUGUCCCCGCCACACCCCCCACGCCGUGGUCGUCGUUCGGAUAAAUAUCGCCGGCAUCGUGGGAUACCGCCGUGCGCAAAAAGGAUUGGAGUCCGAGUUGUGCGGUCGGGCGGCCUUGCCAGGAACGAAAGGUAGCAUCAAGGUCACGCUUCUGACACCGCCGCUGAGAUCUGUUCUCUCACCACGUGGACGCUGGUCGGCUGGACCACCAGAGUGACGGGUGAAGAUGCUGCAGCAGAUCCUGCGGGAUAUGUACAUCGAGCCCCAGCUGCUGGCGGAGCUGGACGAGGAGCAACGGCACAUCCUCUUCUGCAAGAUGCGGGAAGAGCAGGUGCGACGCUGGGAGCAGAGAGAGAAAGACACCAAUGGCCUCGCAAACAAGGCCACCCUGUCCAAGAAGCCUGGCUGCAAGCGCGUGGACUUUCUUCUGGGUGAUGACGGCGAACCCUGGACAUGGGUGAUGGGGGAGCACCCUGAGGAUCCGAGCAUCGAGGAGAUCGUGGAGAGGGAAACAAAAGACCGCGCACGACGGCUUGCCGCCAACGAGGCGCUCCAACUCAGGAACCAGGAGGAGGCGGAGACUGAACCGGUGCCGGCCCUCCCUGCGACCACACCCCCGGCAUCUCCACCCCGCCCCACAGCCCUGGAGAUUGAGGUGGAAGGGGAAGUGGUGCAGCUGCGGCGCAAGAAGCCGCCCCUGGAGAAGUGCUUCUCCCUCGAGAAGGAGGUGGCGGCCCUGCUCCAGGGCUCCGUGGUGGGCUCCAAGGCCACCUCGCCUACUGUGGACCGUAACACCUGGCUCUCACAGAAGCAGCAGGAGAUCAGGAACCGUGAGGAGAACCUGAAGCAGUUGAUGGAGCAGCGGUCCAACGAAAUUUACCAAGAGAUCAAGGCCCAGCAACGCAAGAGCCUCGAGGCUGCAGAGCGAGAGAGCAUGGUUCAGGAAGAACUCUGGAUGGAGCAAGAGAAGCGUGCCAAGGAGGUGGAGAAGCAGAUACGCGAGAUUGCGCGUCUCGCACGCGAAGAGCACCGCAGGGGCCUCCUUUAUGGGACCAGCCCCGUGGUCACAGCCGAAGCGAAGUCGGAGGACGCUGUGCCCAGGUCUAAUGUGCCCCCCAAGGUUGUCCCAGUGGUCCCCCAGGUGGACGUUUCUCUCAAUGGCCACAACGAAACUGCGCCUCUGCCGUCCCAUGCUACCUCCAGAAGCAAAGAUGCCAAAUUAUUCAACAAGGCGGACAUCAUGGAAUGGUUCCUGAAGGAGGAGUAUCCCAAAGGUGCAGUCAUGGACCACAACUGCAACAACCCGGCUAUAUGGUUCCACGGGUUCAUCACGAGGUCCGAGUCGGAGCAGCUGCUCCAGCGCCAGGCGGCCGGCUCGUUCCUGGUCCGCGUACACGAGCGCAUCCGCGGCUAUGUCAUCUCGUACUGGGCGGGCGACCGCUGCAAGCACUACCUCAUCGACGCCUCCCUGGGCCACUGCCAGUUCUUCGGCUCCAACCAGGUGGUCUUCCCCAAGCUCAGGGACCUCGUGCGACACCACACUGAUAAUCCCAUCACUGCAGUGGGACAAGAACAGCUCCUGAGCCCGUGUCCUAGGAACAACAACAACAGUCUGCCUUCCUUACUCUCGACGCUCUGAUGAUGCGUCAGAUGUCGAGGAAGUUGCAGCCAGUGUCUUCUCUCCCAAAGUGCCAAGGAACGCUACGUCGCUCUGUGCCAGCGCCGAGGCCAACAUCUGCCGAGGAACGGCCCAACAAGUCCAAAGAGCCUCGAGAACAUUUUUUUUUCUUUGCCCAGUCCACGAUCCGACGGAGGUUCGGCAUGCCACCGAAUUUCUCGGACCGUAACCUACUAUACUAUAUAUCGCAAUUACAACUAGCCCCCAGUGAUUCAACUGGCCAGGUUCGCCGUAACGCGACGGCGAUUUGUAACAUAGUGUACAUAUUGUUUUCUCUCUUGGAGGCGACCCCAGGAAUGUGGCGAACACAUUUGGCGUUGUUUGCGUCUAUGUCAUACUUUAAAGUGCAAUUGCUCGCUGUGCUUGUUCAAAUUACGUAGUGACUAGUGCGAGGAAUGUGCAGGCAUUUUUAUCUUUUAUCAUUGGCCGGGAUUCUAGCCAUAACCUUUCGGCAUUGCUAGCAAUAGAGGUCAUAGAUAUCUUUUUCGGAGCAACUGUAAUGUUUUUAAUUAUAACGCGAGUCCUUGUGGUAUUCCCGGCUGCUUUGUAUGCUUGUCUCUCAGUGUGUGUAUGUUUAGGAGUGAGGAGGGGGCAAGGGGUUAAUACUAAGCAAUGGCUGGAAAUCAAAAUAAGGCUGUAGGAAUCUCUCGAGACAAACUUCCCUGGCGGGCUCUGGGGAAAAACGAAGAGCGUUACCUGCGAAGUUUCUGUUCUGCGCAAAACUUUGCAGAAAUAAAUGCCCGGCCAGCUUUUGAAA